CCAUCUGCUGAUAUAGCUAAACGCACUGACUCGGCGCCCUCUUUCAACAACUACCUGGGCUUGUCACAAAUGAGCAAUUUUGAUGACUUCUUUGGCCAAAACAACUUCGACUCCUCGCAGAACGAGCAAACUGUCGUCGUACAGGAAAAGCAGGUCGUUUGCCAGACCCAGGAGAUUGAAGUCGUCCAGCAGAAGCUCGUCGUCCUUAUGGAAGUCAUGAAGAGGGUUUUGCUUGAGCAGGUCUGUGAAGUUGAAGUCCAGACGAUCGUCGUCCAACAGGCGUCGAGUAUCAUCUCCUCGUUCGGCAACUCCGUCAGCCACCAAUCAAAGAACCAGGCUGGAUACGACCAGAGCAUCGCAGGCCUCUUAGGCCAGGUCAUGAACUCCGACGGUUCGCUCAGCAAGAAGGACCUCGGCUUCAAGGGCUCAAACGUCGGUAACAGUUCAGUCAUCGUCGGCGGAAACAACUGGAACGACACGACGUCGCCUAACUCUGUUCAGAAGGCAAAGGACCUCGCGAAGGACGCGUCGAACUCCACGUCCAGCUCGUAA